UUGUAUCAGUUCAGUUUCAAGAAUAGAGAAAACUAAAAAGAAAUUAUGAAAGGUUAUGUUAUUGCCCUUAUAGUAUGCGGUUGUGUCGCUGCAACUGCGGUGGUUCUUAUCUUAUGCUGUCUUCACUACCGCAAGAAGAAGAAAACGUGGUCUCCACAACCGCCUCUGCAGCCGAGAGACGUUGAAAAUGGUAGGAGCCACGGCGGUACGAGAGAUGGAGGACUUGUUGUUUUGACAGGGACUGCUGCCACUACAGCUAUUGUAGCUACGGCAGUAACCACCGGAACAUCCGAUGAUAUUAGUGGUAGUGGCGGAGGCGGUGAAGGUGGAGGAGACUGUGAUGGUGGUGGAGAUGGCGGAGGAUGUGGAGGUUGCGGUGGUUGUGGCGGCUGUGGAGGUUAAAUGUUUUAUAGUUAUUAGUUAUGAAAUGAAUUUAUAUGUGUGUUAUAAUUGUGUAUGUAAGACUUUAAAAUAUGAUCUCCGAAUGAACAUUUUUUUUUUGU